GACAGGGGAGCGGGGACUCGGCGCUGGCUGUUGUUCCACUCGCUGUGAAACCUUCAGAUUUUUAAAAUAAGCAAGUCAUAUCAGCGAACGAGGCUAAUGGACCAGCGAACGUUUUAGAGAAGACGCCGAUGGGGUGUUUAGGAUAAGUUCGUUUGACAGGCCCGUAAUAGUUUCCUGCUUUAUUUUGAUUUCUUUUGACGUUGUCGUGGCGUUUUUUUAUUUUGUUGGUGGGGACCUCUUUACUUGUACUCAGGAACUCUCCGUUGACAUUCCCUGCUUUGGCAGCUACCAUAUCUAUUUGCCGCACCUCUCCAUGACGAUCAGCAGAAAGAAAAACAACUUUAAUUCAACACACUGAGUGAAAAUGGCAGCUGCUCUUAGUGGUCGAAAUCCGGGUGGACGUGGACCAAAUGCCAGAAAAGGCCGGAUUCUAGGCAUCCUUGACGCCAUCCAGGAUGCCGUGGGCCCACCAAAACAAGCCGCAGCUGACCGCAGAACUGUGGAAAAAACGUGGAAGUUGAUGGACAAAGUUGUGAGACUCUGCCAGAACCCAAGAUUACAACUGAAGAACAGUCCGCCAUACAUCUUGGAUAUAUUGCCAGACACAUACCAGCAUUUACGCUUGAUACUGUGCAAAUAUGAGGAGAACCAGAGACUGAUUCAGCUCAGCGAGAACGAAUACUUCAAGAUCUACAUCGACAGCCUGAUGAAGAAGUCGAAAAGGGCAAUUCGCCUCUUUAAGGAGGGCAAGGAGAGGAUGUACGAGGAGCAGUCACAAGACAGGAGGAACCUGACGAAGCUGUCCCUGAUCUUCAGCCACAUGUUGGCGGAGAUUAAGGCGCUCUUCCCCGGGGGUCAGUUCCAGGGCGACACCUUCCGCAUCACCAAGGCCGACGCCGCCGAGUUCUGGAGGAGGUUUUUUGGAGAGAAGACCAUAGUGCCAUGGAAAGUGUUCCGCCAGUGCCUUCACGAGGUCCAUCCCAUCAGCUCGGGACUAGAAGCCAUGGCCCUCAAGUCCACCAUUGACCUGACCUGCAACGACUACAUCUCAGUCUUUGAGUUCGACAUCUUCACCAGGCUCUUUCAGCCGUGGGGCUCCAUCUUGAGAAACUGGAACUUCCUGGCGGUCACUCACCCCGGCUACAUGGCCUUCCUCACCUACGACGAGGUCAAGGCACGCCUGCAGAAGUACAUCAACAAGCCUGGCAGCUAUAUCUUCCGUCUGAGCUGUACGCGUCUGGGCCAGUGGGCCAUCGGCUACGUGACCAGCGAUGGCAACAUCCUGCAGACCAUCCCCCACAACAAGCCCCUCUUCCAGGCCCUCAUAGAUGGCUGCAGGGAAGGCUUCUACCUGUUCCCGGAUGGCCGCAGCUACAACCCCGACCUGACGGGCCUGUGCGAACCCACACACCACGACCACAUCAAAGUCACGCAGGAGCAAUAUGAGCUCUACUGCGAGAUGGGAUCCACCUUCCAGCUGUGUAAGAUUUGCGCCGAGAACGACAAGGACGUGAAGAUAGAACCCUGCGGCCACCUGAUGUGCACUUCCUGCUUGUCUGCCUGGCAGGAGUCUGAUGGGCAGGGCUGCCCGUUCUGCCGGUGUGAGAUCAAGGGGACGGAGCCUAUCAUCGUGGACCCCUUCGACCCGCGUAACGACGGGGGCAAGUGCUUCUUCCUGGAUCACUUCAGCUCCCCCAUGAUGGACCUGGACGAUGACGACGACCGCGAAGACACGCUGGUCAUGAACGGACUGGCCUCCAUCAGAAAGCAGAUCGCAGACAGACAGAAUUCCCCCAUCAUGUCGCCCAACGCGUCCCCUGUGGCCCAGCGGCGGAAGGCCCAUGCGGACCACGCGGGCACCCAGCACCUCAGCCUGCCCCCUGUGCCCCCCCGCCUGGACCUCAUCCAGAAGGGCAUCAUACGCUCGCCCUCCGCCAGCCCCACCGGCUCACCCAAGUCCUCCCCAGGGAUGCCCAGGAAACAGGACAAGCCCCUGCCAGCACCCCCUCCCCCAGAGACAGACCCCCCUCCUCCCCCUCCCCCAGAAAGACCACCUCCCAUCCCGCCAGACGGUCGCGCCGCUUGGCUCGCCACCCCUUCCCCAUCCUCCUCCUCCUCUUCUUCCUCCUCCUCAUCUUCCUCCUCAUCCUCCUCCUCGUCCUCCACUGGCUUACCCCGGGAGCCCCAGCUGUCAGCCGAGGCCUGGUGCCCCAAAGACUCCACCUCCCUCACGGACUGUCGGCCAGGUGCGGGAGGUGCGGACCGCUCCCCCAAGCUGGGUCACCCGGCCCCCUCGCACCUCAACGGACGCCCCCUAAGCUGCCCACUGGUGGAGACUAGCUCAGCACGACUACAGCACGGCCAGACAGAGGGCCCCAAGGCGUACUCUAAUGGUCUGAUGCUCAGUGAUGAAUAUGACAUCCCCCCUCGCCACUCCCCUCCUCCUCCCUCUCUCACCAGCAGCCAGAGGCAUCCGAACCCCUUCACCAGCUUGUGUAUGGAGAAGCAGCGUCUGGUGGAGCGGGUGGAGGACGAGUACCAGGUGCCUUCCUCCCACCCCGUCUGCCUCUCCCAGGCUCCGCUCUGCAUCUCCGUCUGCAUACCCACCAGGGAUUUGGAGAACGGCACUUCGGAGGCAUCCUCAGAAGGGAAGAGGCACAAAACGCCUGAGCAGCAUGGUAUUCAGUUUGAGCCCAGCUCCUUGCUGUCAGGGCUGCCCACAGCCCCACUCUGCGGCCUUAACAACAGGACCCCUUCAGACUACGACAUCCUCUUACCCCCCAGCCAAGCCUCCCCAGCAGAUGACCCCUUCAACUCGGCCCCUCCCUCCGCGCCUCCCCCUCCUCCCCCGGUGCGCCACAGUUUCCCCGAGCUGCCCACCUCCUCCUCCUGCUCCUCCUCCUCCUCCUCUCCCUCCUCAUCCCGCGCUCCGCGCCCCGUCUCUGGACACGACCACUUCCUGCUCAACCCCGACUCCUUCAUUGGUGUGCUGAGUGGCUCCGCCCCACUGCCUCCACGGCGACAGCCAGACGACAACAUGAAGUGUCUGGCGCGGUGCUCUCCAGAGUACGACACGCUGCCCCCCACCUCAGUAGCUGGAGACUGCUGCUUACAGGCGCCCGCCCGGCCCCCCAAGCCCCUCCCUCGGAAAACGCCCCCGGACCUCCACCACCGCAAGAUCCACUCGCACGAGCCCUCCUCCUCCUCCUCCUCAUCCACGUCGUCAUCGCAUCGGGAGAACGUGGACGGCAAGAUCGCCAAGCUGAUGGGCGAGGGCUACUCCUUCGAGGACGUGAAGCGGGCGCUCAUGAUCGCCCAGAACAAAGUGGACGUGGCCCGGAACAUUCUGAGGGAGUUUGCCCUGGUGGCGCCCAGACUCAACCUGUAGCCCCUCCCCUCCCCUCACACACACACACACACCUUUCCAAUGGACCAAUUGGGGAAGGAGGAGGGACGUCACACUCACCUGUCCAAUGGACCAAUUGGGGAAGGAGGAGGGACGUCACACUCACCUGUCCAAUGGACCAAUUGGGGAAGGAGGAGGGACGUCACACUCACCUGUCCAAUGGACCAAUUGGGGAAGGAGGAGGGACGUCACACUCACCUGUCCAAUGGACCAAAUGGGAGAAAGUGUAUGAGUCUCUCUCUCUCUGGGGACCACAGCCUUGUGGGCUCAGGCUGAGCCACGUGGAUGAUGGUGGUGGUGGUGGAUGGAAAUGCUUUUCACCUGUGCCAGCCACGCCCCUUCACCUGGGUUUCAUGGGCCCAAUAACCCAAUGGCGUGAGGGAGCUGGAGGGGGCAUCAGAAAGGGUGGAGUCAUGUGAUAUGGGAUAGGGGUUGGGUGGGGUGGUUGGAGAACAUGACCUCUGUCUGACUGAGGGAGCUUCUUGCAGCUAUGUUGUUGUUUUUUUUAGCCAUAGCAAAAAAUGGGAUUAACAGAGCAGAGAAGCAUUUACAGAACCAGUCAACAUGACUCCUGUGAAAAAAGAAAACAAACGAAACAAACAAAAAAAGUCAAAAGCUUGUUGUUUACAGUGAACAGGUGUGUGUGUGUGUGUGUGUGUGUGUGUGUGUGUGUGUGUGUGUGUGUGUGUGUGUGU